AUGAUGAGCUUAGUUAAGGACUCAUUGGAAUUUUUUGACAAAUACUUCUUCAUUUUCAAUGGCCAAGUUUGUCUCAAUCACGGUAUCGUUCCAAAAUUUUUAGAAAUUGCAAAUGAUUAUUUCAGUGAGACCAGAACUGAGGUUGUACAAACCAUUAUGGAAAAUUUAAAUGUUACCAUUGGUGAUAAGACAUAUAGAACAACAGCAACAGUUAACAGAAACAACAGAAAUUUUCUUGAGUUUGAGUUGAAUAAUUCAGAGAAUAAACUCCAAUACUUUGUACUAAUAACCAAACAAGAGGAAAUUUUCAAAGAAAAGGACUAUCGAUACAGCUCUCUACAUGGAUACUUGGAAACUAAAUUGGGGGAUAAGUUACCGGUGAUCGAUGUAGCCGAGGGCUGUCUUAUCAAAAAUGAAGAUGAGAAAAGCAAUAAGGAUAAAGCAUUUCGAAAAGAGGAACAAAAAAGCGGCAUAAAACCAAGAGUAAAAAGAAGCAUUGAAAGAUAA